ACUAGUUCUUAUGUUCACUGAUCACAAUAAUAGCCUGCAACGGUGACAGUGCGACAGAGGGUGGCACAGUGUCAGGCUGGGAAGUUAAGAAAGCACAGAUCGUUUUUACGUUACGCUAAUUAAAACAAGCAGAAUAUGGAGAGUUAUUCUAAUUCUUUCUUUGUCAAAAUAAUUGCUGUGGUCGUAAUCAGUGUGACAGCAGCAGUGGUCAUGCACGUGCAGGAUCCAUCUGACACUCUCAUCGGUGGCGGAUACCCAGAGCUAUGGAGGAAAGCCGGACUGGCUGGAGCGCCUGCUCGGGCAGCAGUCUGUAUAUUUACAGGGGUUUUCCUGCUUGCGAUGGGGUGGCUGUAUAGAUUGUUGUUCGCGCCUCUAGAGCUUCUCCGGACGCCUGAUGAAGUUGGAUACAUAGCAGAAGAUGGUCGGUCCCGUGCCCAAGCCGCCAAUGAAGUGCGUCGGAGACGGAAGACAGGGGAGCUGCCUCCCAUUUAUCCAAACGGCUGGUAUCGGGUCUUAGAUUCACAUAUGCUGGAACGUGGGGAUGUUAAGAAUGUCACUAUUUUGGGGGAGCAGGUUGCUGUGUUUCGGGGACAGGAUGGGAAAGCUUUUGUGGUAGAUGCUUAUUGCCCCCACCUGGGGGCCAAUUUGGCUGUGGGUGGACGAGUGGUGGGCGGAUGCAUAGAAUGUCCCUUCCACGGAUGGCAGUUCCGUGGAGAGGAUGGCAAGUGUGUUAAGAUCCCAUAUUCAGAGAAAGUGCCUGAGUUUGCUAAGGUGCGCUGCUGGCCCAGCUGUGAGGUAAAUGGACAGAUUCUGGUGUGGUUCCAUUGUGAUGGAUUGGAGCCAACUUGGAAAGUACCAGAACAAAAGGAGAUCACGAACGGGCAAUGGGUGUACCGUGGACGCACCGAGCACUUCAUCAAUGCACACAUUGAGGAGAUUCCUGAAAAUGCAGCAGACAUUGCACACUUGGCUCAUUUACAUACGCCAGGCAUUGUGAGUGGCGUUGAUCUCCGCUAUACCAACAGCAAGACAUGGGAGUUCGUACGGCAUGACUGGAAGGUUGAGUGGAGGCCAGAGCCUGAGCCCAAUAAGCACUGCUCCCAGAUGCUCGUGAAACAUGCACUUACUAUAUUUGGUCGUCACUGGCAACUACUGGACCUUGAUGUGGUGGCUAGACAGGUGGGUCCCGGAGUGGUCUUCCUGCAGUUUGAGCACAAUUUUCUGGGUCGUGGGGUGAUGAUGCACUGUGUGACGCCCGUGGAGCCCCUGCUUCAGUGUGUCUCUCACACCAUCUUUUACCAAAGAAACAUUCCUCCACUCAUCCCCAAGUUCAUCCUGAGAGCAGAGUGUAUCCAGUUUGAACGUGAUGUGAUGAUCUGGAACAAUAAGACGUACAUCUCCAAGCCGAUGCUUGUGAAGGAGGACUCUGCCAUUCAGAAGCACCGCCGCUGGUUUGCCCAGUUCUACAGUGAGAAUAGCCCUAGACUGCGCUAUCAGCACGACUCACUUGACUUUUAACCACGCAAAUCUGAGCAAAAGACCUUUUCCUACACUUUAAACACUGGAUGAAGCUUUCGACCAUGAUGCUGAAGAAGAUGAACUCAAAUCAAGUCUUGAAACCUUGAAACCCCUGUUGGGUGACUAUCCCGGUGAAUCAUAUGAAGGUAUAGACUUUUGUGAAGGUAGAGAGAUGUUAUAUAAAUAACUUUGAGGACCAAUCUGUCCACGCUGAAGUGCCUGGGAAGUGAAUAAGUUGGAGAUCUGACUGAGAAGCAACUGUCCCUUCCGCGCAAUUUAGUGGGGCUAGAGCAUAACUCAGCUAUGGGGAUUCAGUACUUCACUGACUAAAGAGCCCUUCAAGCUAAUGCAAGCAAUACAAAGUUAAUUCGCCAAAAUUGCCUACACUCAUGCUGAAGCAGCGAGUUUUCGAGACACUGUGAGUUAAGCUGUCAAAGAAAGAAACUGAAGUUCUUCGUUAAGCUCUGCUCUGUGUCUUUAAUACUGUUCGCUAACAUUUAGUAACCUAUAGAAGACAUGUUGUAUGCACAUAUAUAUUUACUGGCAAGUACAAUAUACACGGUAUUCAUUUUUCGGGAGAAUUGUUUAUUAUGUUGUCUACGUGUGUGUGUGUGUGUGUGUGUGUGUGUGUGUGUGUGUGGAGCAUAUAUAUGUGGAGGAUUUUUUUUCUUGUGUUUUUAGCACUGUGCUUUGAAUCUGUUUAUUAGCACUAUUUGGGACCACCUUAAGAGAAAGCAGUAUAAACCUUAAUGUUCAAAGUAGUUUGUAUUUCAAGACUAGGGUUACACCCUUCCUCUUUUACAGUUUCAGUCCUGUUUGCACAUCUGCACCUUACCCUUGAGUUUUGUUGUUGAUUUACCAUGAGUGCUGAUAAUGAUUCAUCACGAUAAGAGUUAUUCAGAUACAGUUUAUCAGAAAUAUGGUGUAGCAACAUUUAAAUAUAUAAAAUUCAGUUAAAAGCAUGUGCAACACAUUCUACAAAAAAUAAAGUUCCAAUCUGCAAGAGUCCAAUUACACAUAAACCAGACCACUCUCACAAUCUGCCCAUCUAACAUCUUUUGGUAGAUCCAAACUCAAACUGAUUUAAAAGUUUUGUCUAGAUUUGAAAUAGAUUAAAUGUGAAAGAUUAAAUUUUUGAUUGGGAAGACAUGUUCUUUGGUGACCCGUGUCCAACAGACACCAAAGCCAUGUGGACUCCCUUAAGGAAGAAGAAGAAUAAACAGAAGAAGAGGAGGAAGAAGAAAAUUGAAUAAAAGCAAUAGGUUUUCUGUAUGGCUUCAACAUGCCGGCAUGGCCAACGUGCUAGUCUUUGUCAGUUUUAAGAUUCUAUAUCAUAGCAAGGCAUGCUAAGUUAUUGGCUACCUUGAUUUUGCAUAUUUCAGUCCUAAUCAGCUUCUUCACAGCAGGUCAUGUAAAGACAUUUGACAAUGGAAUCAUGGCUUUGCGUGGAACUGACCAAUGAAUGACCAUCUAAAGUUAAGUGAUAAAUUCGUGGUUUCUAGCAAGUUCUGCAAGUGGCUGGUGUUUUUCUCCUAAAGUCACGCUGAGCUGUCUAAGAGUGUUAAGGGGAACUCCUAAAUCUGUAAUGAUUUUCAAGUGUUUUUUUUUAAGUAAAAAUACCUUUCGGAAGAAGUUUGCAAAUGAAUGAUGCACUUUAAGAUGUCACCUAUGAACAUCUCAAGCCUAAAAUGCUUUAUUAUGAGGCCCUGCUCAGUUAGCUUCUGUUUUCAAAAUGAGUGCCGCCUAAGUAUGGAAAAGUACUUCCUUAUUCACACUAAACCUAGUACUGUACAUUAGUUCGCAGAUUUUUCUACACCACAAAUGUAGAUGGCAGUGGUUGAUGUUAAACGCACCAAAUUAUAUUACAAUAGCAAACCCAGGAGUUAAAGAUGUAUAAUUAAUCCACGUUUAUCUUCAGUACUCUUUAUUAUUCAUUGGUGUGUGUUGACAUUCAUAGUUGUACCUUGGGCAAUACUUCUGUUAUGCUCAGGUGGUGUGCUGUUUCACAUUCCCUGCCUGUGCAACUCUGUGCGUUCAUUUGUCCAAACACUGUGCUAAUAGCUUAUUUAUGUAGGCACUGAUAACCUAAUCUGAUGUCUAACAGUGGAUUUGAAGAGGUUUUACAGAAUUGGUCUGACCAAGCUUACAUGAUGUGUUUGCUCUUAUUUGCAGUUUUGUUCUAAUGCAUUUUCGAUGUUCUUUGAUUACGCAGUGGAACCAUGUAAAAAGGGUGUCAUAAAAGUUUGAUGUAUGUUCUAUGACUACAUGGAGAUAGAUUUCAUGUUAUUAACAGAUUGUGAAACUUUUUAAACUGAAUGUCAGUGAAAAGUCACAUCGGAGUUUGCUGACAGUUGCUGUCGGUGUUCCAAAAUGUUUUAGCUGAGCUGAUCUGACAUUAUUUGUCCUGACUAGAAUAUGAUGUGUCAGAUGUAUGUGUGACAGGUUAUGACUGGAACAAAAUUCUUAAUUGGCUGCAGAGCUCCUACUGACGUAGUCCAUGUUUUUUUUUUCUUCUUGUUCUUCUUCUUUUUUCUUUUUCCCUUUCCUUAGCUCACCAAACAUGUCACUGAAACUGCUGUGAUGCAAAUCAAAUGACAGACUUAAAAUUUUAUACUGAUUUUGGGUAUAAUAAAGGACAGCUAGCCAGUUGUGUUAUGCUACAAAAUGUGCUGCUGUUUCUUGCUUUGGAUACAGAUUGUCAUCUUUAACUCUGUGCAGAUGUAACUGAAUCUACAGGCAAAUUAAGCAAUAAGCAAUUUAACUGUAUUAAAUAGAUGGAGACAAUAUAUGCUAUGUUGUGUGAAAUUGAAUGUGGUUGGCUCAGAACAUUGAUACCUACAACAUAUUAUUGAAAAACAAUAGAAUUACUGUAAAGUAAAUACAGUUUAGUGGUAACAGUAACACAAACUGAAAGGGAGACUGGGAGAUUGCUUGCAUAAAUGGUUUAAAUGCAUUAGAUCUGUUCCAUAUAACAAUGUGAUCCAUUCUCACCUCAGGAUAAAUGAAGACUGCAGAUUAUUUUUGUAAAAGUGGCUCAAGAUUUACAUACAU